CCCCACCAUGCCUUUGGCCUUGGCCCUGGUGCUUUUGUGCGGCCUGGGCGGCCCCGGGGCAUGGGGCUGCCUGCAGUGCGACCAGUCGGUGCUACUGGAGCUCAGGCAGCUGCGUGAGGCCAUCGUCACCAAGCGCUUCCAUCUGGAAGGGCUGCAGGCACGCGCGCAGGCCCUGCUGUUGAGCAUGGAGGGGCCCUUCUUCAGGGACUAUGCAAAGAACGCGUUCGUGGGAAAAGUGGUCGUGGAUCAACUGGAAAAAGUGGCGACAUCCUUCAAGAACCAAGCCCAGUAUAUAAAGGCUAACUCUAAGACAGAUGUUCCUCUGCUGGAAGAGCUGGUGAGCUUCAGGGAGCUUGCCAUCAAGGAACUAAAGAGAGCAUUAAGAGACUAUGAAGUGAAAGCGUGUGACCACAAAACUUGUCACUCGUUCAAAGCGGAGGUCCUGGACUGUUUAUAUUGCAAGAAAACCACGCCCAAGUGCAUCAAGAGAAAGUACUGCUUUGAGGAUGGGCAGUUCCGCAUGACUCUGAAGUUCCAGGACGACAACAAACUGAGGAACAUGGUGUUGGUGGGAGACUUGGUGACUGUCGGAUUGGCCAUCCUAACCUUCGUGGUCAUCCUGAUCGCGGCUUGUACCUACAGGCAAAACCGGAAACUCCUGCUGAAGUAGGCCAGCGACUUUGGUGUUUGUAAAAGGAAAAUAAAUUUAAUAAAAUCUGUGUUAAUUCUUUAA